AAGUGAAUAAAUUAGUUUUUUUUUUUUCUGCUUGAAAUUUAUAGCAUGUCAUUGUUAACAGGGGAUGAUACUCAACUCUCUAAAUCCAGAUUGAAAUCCGAAUUAAUCGCCCACAAUGUCGCCCUGCCCCCUUCAAAAAGCAAAAAGGAAGUUUGUGUGGAUUUGUACCUGAAAGACGUGAAACAGCAAAACGGUGCGGAUUUCUCCAACGAGGACGAAGCGACUCGAGAGGGUGAGCAGGAGGAGGAUUCAGACAUGUUGGACCCCAGUAGUUUGACUGACGAUGAACUCAAGGCCAUGUUGCUUAAAUACAAGAUUCAAGCUGGGCCCAUUGUUGCCUCCACUAGGGCUGUAUACGAGAAGAAGCUCAGGAAGGUGCUUCAGUCUGACGCACAGUGGAACAGUGCUGUCGAAGGCAUACGGUACUCAGAUAGUGAAGCUGAAGAGGAUGAUGGUUCAGCAGGAGGAAAGCAAAAAGCUGCUUCACAUUUGGAACCAAUCAAACAAAACUGCAGCCAGGCGGAGUUACAUUUCCAGAAUGAUUAUGUUUAUCACCAGUGCUUUUUACCUUCAUCACGACUGCGUGCAUGUCCAUCUCUGCUCUCAGAGCCUAGUCCCAAGCGGAAUGCAGAGAAAGUACCAAAAUCGAGGUGGAGUCAGUCUUGCAGUUCGGCGAUGCCGAUAACUGGAGCGUCUUAUGUCAAGCAACCCUCUGACGUAAAAUCAGGGGUACUACAUGCAUCACAGUCUGUCAUAUCGAAAGGUUCUCCAUCAUUAUCUCCUCAGACCUUCAGCAUCACUCAGAUGGUUGAGGAGGAAAGUUUUAUUAUAUUUUUCCCCCACCUGUUAAGUUUUGUUCUCAUAAUGGCUGCCAAAACACUGAUACUUAAUUUUCACUGUGAACAACAGAUGGAGAGUCGGGGGUCAUUCUCUCCUAGUGCAGACACUGAUAAGGAGAUGAAUGAGAACAAUGUGGAGGAACAUUGGUCAUUGUCCAGCAGGUUGGACAAAGCAUUUUUGGGAAAGUAUUCGAUGAAGAACGAGACGUGCCACAACACCCUGACAGCAUCCCCUCACAAGUGGGGCAUGAAGGCACCCGUGAAUGAUGCUUUAAGGGACAUGUUCCCAGAUUUCCAGACCACGCCUACAGGGAUCUACGCCACACGCCGGAAACCAAUUAAGGGUGCAGCAGGGAGACCGGUCCAGUACCUGUACCCAGAAACCCCUAUCAGUCCCAAGACUCCCGUCAGUCCCUUGACCCUGGAGAGACGAGAGCUGGAGUGCCACCUUGUUCCUGUCCAGAUACAGUUUUUUGUCUUCCUUGGUGUGGUGUGCCUCUUGUACCUCAUUUAUCUAUAUAUGGAGGAUGAUGCACAUAAUGUGUUUGAGCACUAAUCGAGCAUCAGGUUCUGACGAGGGGUUUUAGCUUCAGCCUAAGACAUGGGAUGGAAAAAAUUUCUCUGGAGAAGGCCAACUCUGUUUUUACGGGAUUUAAUUUUCUGGGUCUUGGGAGGUUUACUAGUCCAGAAAAGUCAUAACCCUUAUCAGUCAGGAAAUUACUGUUUAAAAUUCUUACUGCCACAUUUUGUUGAUGUUGCCUCAUGAGUGUCGCAUUCUAACAUGCUCUUGUCAAACCAAAGAUGAUGUAAAAAGUCUCAAGUGGUAGCAAGAGUUGAAAUGCUGAAAGUAAUUCUAUAUGUUUUAAGUCUGUGAUAUUACUUCAAUGUCUGUUAUGCUUGUUUUAUUGUAUCUGUAUAUUUAAACAUGUCUUCAAUAAAAGAUUUUGCUACAACAUU